UCCCUCUUGACUCUUCUGCCCAUUAUAAUAGAUAUAUACAUCUGCAAGUCUGCAGACACAAAUAUCUGGUUAUUAUUAUAUACACAGAAUCGGAUCAAAUUAUUUAGGAUGUGUGUCCAAAGCUGUUUCGUUGGAGCCUUGAAUCUGCUGGUGGUAAUAUCUAGAGGGCAAUUCUUCAACUGGAGGGAAAGAGAGAGAGGGAGGGAAUCAAUGGAGUUUUACACAUACCCAUCUCAUCCUCGGCCUUCAUCUUCAACUUUUUCUUCGUUUUCAUUUGAGAACCUGGUUGACAAGGCCAAGGAAUUCUUCACCUUUGCUAUCUCUUCUUUCAUUGGCAAUGUCUUUUCUGCCAUCUUUACCUUCUUCUUCGCCUUAGUGGGUACCUUAUUAGGAGCAAUGACUGGAGCUUUGAUUGGCCAAGAGACCGAGAGUGGGUUCAUAAGAGGGGCUGCCGUAGGUGCUAUCUCUGGGGCUGUUUUCUCUCUAGAGGUCUUUGAGUCAUCUCUGCUGUUGUGGCAGUCAGAUGAGUCCGGAAUUGGGUGUCUUCUUUACUUGAUUGAUGUGAUUGCAAGCCUUUUGAGUGGUAGACUUGUUCGUGAGCGUAUUGGUCCGGCAAUGCUAAGUGCGGUGCAAAGUCAGAUGGGAGCCAUUGAAGCUGCAUAUGACGAGGCAUCUAACAUUUUUGACCUAGGCGGUUCGAAGGGUUUACCAGGAGAUUCAGUCGAAAGGAUUCCCAAAAUAGUAAUAACUAGUGAUAACAAUGUUGAUGCUUCUGGGGAGAGAGUCUCGUGUUCAGUGUGCCUACAGGACUUUCAGCUCGGUGAGACGAUCAGAAGUUUGCCGCAGUGCCAUCACAUGUUUCACCUACCAUGCAUUGAUACAUGGCUGUUGAGGCACGGCUCCUGUCCAUUAUGCAGAAGGGAUCUGUAGAAUAGUGCCCCAAGCUCUGUAAAUUAUAUAGUAAGGUUCUUAACUAUCGUUAUCUGCCAUGCUUUUAUUUGCAAGCUAUAUUCGUCAUCACGUCCUCCCUUAGUACUUGCUUACUGCAUACCAAUUUUCCAAGAAGCCUAUGUAAUUACUCCCCAGUUUGUGCUUGUUUUAGUUCUUUCGUUGUACUCGACUUAUCACCUUGUAAAGAAAAAGUUUUGGC